AUGCCCGCCGCAGUACGAGGUCCAUCGACCUUGUACGACAAGGUAUUCGAGCAGCACAUCGUCGACGAAAACGACGGUACAAUCACCCUGUACAUUGACCGCCACUUGGUCCACGAAGUCACCAGCCCACAAGCCUUCGAAGGCCUCAAGAAUGCCGGCCGGAAAGUCAGAAGACCCGACUGCACACUCGCUACCACCGAUCACAACGUCCCAACGACCCCGCGAAAGAACUUCAAGAACAUCAGCCAGUUCGUAGAAGAGGAUGACAGCCGGUUACAAUGCGAGACGCUCGAGCAGAAUGUCAAGGACUUCAAGCUCACAUACUUCGGCUUGGGAGACAAGAGGCAAGGCAUUGUCCAUGUCAUUGGUCCUGAGCAGGGCUUCACACUGCCAGGUACCACUGUCGUGUGCGGAGACUCCCAUACCAGCACACACGGUGCCUUUGGUGCCCUUGCUUUCGGCAUUGGUACCAGCGAGGUCGAACACGUCCUAGCCACGCAGACUCUCGUAACGCAAAGGAGUAAGAACAUGAAGGUGCAGGUCGACGGUGAACUGGGGCCAGGCGUCAGCAGCAAGGAUGUUGUCUUGCACGUUAUUGGCAUAAUCGGUACUGCUGGAGGAACAGGACAUGUCAUCGAGUUCUGCGGCUCGGCUAUCCGCAGCCUCAGCAUGGAAGCAAGAAUGAGCAUGUGCAAUAUGAGUAUCGAGGGUGGUGCCCGCGCCGGGAUGGUCGCCCCUGACCAGAUCACCUUUGACUAUAUCAAGGGCAAGCCAUUGGCUCCCAAGGAAGACUCGGCAGAAUGGAACAAGGCCGUGAAGCACUGGGAAGCUCUGAAGAGUGAUCCUGACGCGAAGUGGGACGCCGAGAUCAUCAUUGACGCAAAGGACAUUGCACCCACCGUCUCUUGGGGCACAUCACCUCAAGACGUCGUGCCUAUCACUGCCAAGGUCCCUGGACCCGACGACUUUAAGGAUGAGAACCGCAAGUCGGCGUGCAAGCGGUCCCUGGAAUACAUGGGGCUUAAGGCUGGCACACCAAUGACCGACAUUGCCUUGGACAAGGUCUUCAUUGGAUCCUGCACAAAUUCGCGCAUUGAGGAUUUGAGAAUCGCUGCACACAUCGUCAAGGGCAAGAAGAUUGCAUCGAACCUCAAGCGAGCUAUGGUUGUGCCCGGAUCUGGACUGGUUAAGAAGCAAGCUGAGCAGGAAGGUCUCGACCAGAUCUUCACUGACGCUGGUUUCGAGUGGAGAGAAGCUGGCUGCUCGAUGUGCCUGGGCAUGAACCCCGACAUUCUGUCUCCUGGCGAGCGAUGUGCAAGUACCAGCAAUCGUAACUUCGAAGGUCGUCAGGGAGCUGGUGGUAGGACACAUCUGAUGUCGCCAGCAAUGGCCGCCGCUGCUGCUCUCACCGGUAAGCUGGCCGACGUCAGGAAUCUUGCUGGCUACGAGCAAGCACUGCCCAGCGCCAAGUCAGCUGCGAAGACUAUCGCCACACACGUAGAAGAUCCAGAGUCUGAUGUCGACCUCGACAAGAUCCUUGAUGCCCCUCAAACAGAGAACAUCCAGGCGAAAGCGGCAUCUGGAGCAGCUGGUGGCAUGCCCAAGUUCACCCAGCUGAAGGGUAUCGCCGCUCCAAUGGACAGGAGUAACGUCGACACAGACGCCAUCAUCCCUAAGCAAUUCCUGAAGACCAUCAAGCGAGCCGGUCUAUCAAAGGGCCUUUUCCACGCAUGGCGAUUCAAGGAAGAUGGCAGCCUCAACCCAGACUUCGUCCUCAACCAAGAACCCCACAACAAGUCGAAGAUCCUCGUCGUCAGCGGCCCCAACUUUGGAUGCGGUUCAUCUCGAGAACACGCCCCGUGGGCGUUGCUUGACUUCGGCAUCAAGUGUGUCAUUGCCAGCUCUUUCGGCGACAUCUUCUUCAACAACACUUUCAAGAACGGUAUGCUGCCGUUGAAGAUUGAGAACGAGCAAGAUCUGCAGAAGAUCUUUGAGGAGGCCAAGGCUGGACGGGAGAUUGAGGUUGACCUUGAGGCGAAUGCUGUGAAGGAUGCUUCUGGCAAGGAGCUUGCCAAGUUCGAGGUAGAACCAUUCAGGAGACAUUGUCUGCUGAACGGCCUUGACGAUAUCGGCCUUACCCUGCAGAAGGACGACAAGAUCAAGAAGUUCGAGGCCAGGAGGACCGAGGAGACUCCUUGGUUGGAUGGCUCGGGGUACCUAUCCAAACACAGGACUGGUGCGGUGAAGGUUGAGGCUGCCCCUGUGCCCAAGACGAAUCGUGGCGAGGAGAAGAGUGAGCCGUUAGAAUGGUAA